AUGAUAAAGCAUAUUUACGCGUGCAUAUUACAGGCCCUGGGCUCACUAUUCUUCAUCAGGGACGUGACACUACCACGAGUGCGGCAAUACGAUUUUGUGGCAAAGCAGUUUGUACGUCUCGAAAAAGUAUUCGAUGUUCGUGAACGAGAUCUGAUGAAAUGUCGGAUGUUGCGUAAAGCAAAAUUUCCGAAAGAUUUCUGGCCAACAGACCAACCGCUUAAUGAGUCUAAAGCUGCCAAAUACAAUUUGCUAGCCAGUCAUUUUUUGAUAAGCCUUGGUUUUCGCUUUCGUUGUUUAUUUUUGAACCACAGUAGAAACACUUAA